CUUUCAAUUGAAAAUGGGAGAUCACAGUAAUUCUACACCUAAUCAGGAUAUUACUAGUCCUUUCUACCUUCAUCCUACUGAUAACACAGCUAAUCAAUUGGUUUCUAUCAAGUUUAAAGGAGAUGGAUAUGGUGACUGGAAAAGAAGCAUGAUGAUAUCCAUCUCUUCUAAGAACAAAUUAGGUUAAUUUCAUUAAUGGAACUUUGACAAAACCUGAUGUUGAUCAUCCAACAUACCAUGCAUGGAUGAGAUGUAAUGAUAUGAUGAUUUCAUGGCUGCUAUUCAACCUAGAUUCUACUAUUGCAAAGAGUGUCUUAUAUUUUCAAACAGCUAGAGAGAUUUGGUUGGACUUGGAAGAUAGGUUUGGCUUUAUUUCAGGACCUCAGUUGUUUUCUCUGGAGCAACAAGUGUCAGAAAUGAAACAAGGUGGACAGAAUAUCUCAGAGUUCUUUACUGAGAUAAAAUCUCUGUGGGAUAAGAUCAGUGCUGCAAAUCCUUUGCCUACAUGUACUUGUAAUCUUUGUACAUGCAAUCUGACACAAAAGAUCUUCAAGAUGCAACAAGAUCAGAGACUUAUGCAAUUCUUGAUGAAACUUGGAGAACAUCUAGCUAUUGUUAGGGGUAAUCUGCUGAUGCAGCAACCUCUACCUACAAUCUCACAUGCAUACAGAAUGCUAGCACAAGAAGAGAGGCAAAGGGAGAUAAGUACUCCAGUGCCAUCUCAUGAUUCUCAUGCAUUUGCUGUUGAUAGAAGGAGAUACAAUGAUUAUCAUAGAGGUGGAUACAGAGGUCAACAAUCUUCUAAUACAGGAAGAAGUGCUUAUGGAAAUUUUGGAGGAAAUAAGUCUGCAAAUUUCAGAAGGCCAGUGGCAAGCUAUUUCUGUGAUCAUUGUAAAGUCAAUGGACACAGUACAGAAAGAUGUUUCAAACUACAUGGGUUUCCACCUGGUUUUACAGGAUUCAAAACUGAUAAAAGAGCAGCUGCAGCAGCAUAUUCAGAUGAAGGGUAUGGAGAUGAUAUGACAGAGUAUCAACAACAAUUUUACACUCCAGAAAAGGAACCACAACAAAGCCAACCUGGAUUUCUGACUGCUGAACAAUGUACUCAGUUGUUGAACCUGCUAAAUAAGCAACAACAACAGCCAGACAAGGUGACACCAGAUACUGAGUUUGAAGAAGGAGAUACAUCAGGCCAUGCAUUCAUGGCAGGGCCAUUCAAUGAAAGGGCCACAGGUUCUUGGUAAAAUGAAGUCUGGAUUGUACAGUGUAAAUACAAAUGAAGACAAUGGAGUUCAAUCAGCCACAAGUUGUCUCUCAGCUUCAACUACAACCAAUAAUGCAGAUGCUCAGGUUUGGCACUUGAGAUUAGGACAUAUGCCUUUCUUAAAAAUGAAACAUGUGAUUGAUAGCUUAGGAAAUGUUUCCAAUCAUGAUG